UUUGCAACACAUCUCUAACUGGCAUCCACUACUACUGUUGCGCUCAUCCAACUCUUCUCCACGAACGAUUUUUUUUUACUUGUUACGUUGGUUUUGUGGAAUUAAAGUUGCGAACAUCCAGCGAACGCGCCGCGAGACUAUGUUCUAACCUUAACGACAGUGGAAAGCCGCUGUUUUGAAAAGACAUUCCAGCAAAUAAGACAAGUGGAAAGCCCAAAAACAGUUGUGUGUGUUGAGUUUUUUUGUCGCGUUGUAAAAUUUUGCAUUGGAAGUUGACGGCGACGCGGAGUGGCAGUGUAGUCGGGGAGUGUAGGAGAGAGGGGCUGCAAAAGUGCAUCGAAAAAAGGCGGCCGGCAGCUUGCUUGUUUACUGACGUCAGUGUGGCAGUUUUUAGCGUAUUCGUGGGCGUCAAGCGAUCUGCAGAGGAGCUCUAUUGCCACGACUCUCAGACACCAAAACAUAAACAAACACAAGAGAGCGCGUAGACCGGGAUAGACCGGGAAGGUAUUAGCGAUAAAGAAACCCAAAACCAUAGAGAAAACCAUCAAAACAAAUAGAAUAAAGCGCGGAGCAGAGCCACGAGGGAAAAGCCGAGCAAGCCAGCUGCUCCACAAAGUGAUUCAACGUUUUUGCCUUCACAAUGAACUCUGAGCAUGGAUUCAAUCCUGCCUUCAAUAUGGCCACCAUACGGCAAGCUUUCACAGAAGCGGUGGAGAGAGUCAGAAUGCCCACGCCCACACGCUUGCGCGAUCUCAUCCGACAGAUACGCGCCGCCAGAACCGCGGCCGAGGAGCGGGCGGUAGUCAACAAAGAGUGCGCCUACAUACGGAGCACGUUUCGGGAGGAGGACUCCGUCUGGCGCUGUCGGAAUAUUGCCAAGCUGCUUUACAUACACAUGCUCGGCUAUCCGGCUCACUUUGGCCAACUGGAGUGCCUUAAGCUGACGGCCAGCACGCGGUUUACAGACAAGAGGAUCGGCUACUUGGGCGCCAUGCUGCUGUUGGACGAGCGGCAGGAUGUCCACCUGCUCAUCACGAAUUGCUUGAAGAACGACUUGAACAGCUCAACGCAGUUCGUGGUGGGACUGGCACUGUGUACUUUGGGAGCCAUUGCCUCGCCGGAGAUGGCCCGCGAUCUGGCCAGCGAGGUGGAGCGGCUCAUGAAGUCGCCGAAUACGUACAUCCGCAAGAAAGCGACGCUCUGCGCCUUCCGCGUCAUUCGCCGAGUGCCUGAGCUCAUGGAGAUCUUCUUGCCAGCGACACGGUCCCUGCUGAGUGAGAAGAACCAUGGAAUCCUGAUCACUGGCGUAACGCUGAUCACCGAGAUGUGCGAGAACAGUUCAGACACGCUGAUGCAUUUCAAGAAGGAUAGCGGAAAUCGAGAGAUUGUGCCGAACCUGGUGCGCAUCCUGAAGAACCUGAUACUGGGUGGCUACUCGCCGGAGCACGACGUCAGCGGGGUGAGCGACCCGUUCCUGCAGGUGAAAAUCCUUCGGCUGCUGCGCAUCCUCGGCCACAAUGAUCCGGACGCCUCCGAGGCUAUGAACGACAUCCUGGCUCAGGUCGCGACCAACACUGAGACGAGCAAGAACGUGGGCAACACGAUCCUCUAUGAAACCGUACUUUCCAUCAUGGACAUCCGAUCUGAGGGCGGCCUGCGCGUCCUGGCCGUCAACAUCCUGGGUCGUUUCCUGCUUAACUCGGACAAGAACAUCCGAUACGUGGCCCUCAACACCCUGCUGCGGACCGUGCAUGCAGACACCUCGGCUGUCCAGCGGCAUCGAACCACCAUCCUGGAGUGUCUUAAGGACCCCGACGUGUCUAUACGGCGCCGUGCCAUGGAGCUCUCGUUCGCUCUGAUCAAUGCACAAAACAUACGUACAAUGACCAAAGAGCUACUGCUCUUCCUGGAGAAGGCCGACGCCGAGUUCAAGGCUCAGUGCAGUUCGGGCAUGAUCCUGGCCGCGGAACGCUACUCGCCGAACACGCGCUGGCACCUGGACACGCAGCUGAGUGUCCUCAUCGCGGCCGGGAACUACGUGCGUGACGAUGUCGUCUCCUCCACCAUACAGCUGGUGUCGAGCAGCCCCGUUCCGGAGCAGACGUACAUCACGAACCGGUUCUGGGAGUCACUGCAGGUGGCCAAUCACUGCGAGGACAAGCAGCCCUUGCUCCAGGUCGCCGUCUGGGCCAUAGGCGAGUAUGGCGACCUCUUCAUGUACGGAGCAAACGAAGACGAGUUCGAACGGCCCACUGAGAGCGAUCUGAUCGCCGUGUAUCAUAAGUUUUUAACCUCUGCUCAAGUCUCGACCACCAGUAAGCAAUAUGCAUUGGUCUCCCUAGCGAAGCUAAGCACCCGUCUGCAGCAGUGCGUGGAAGAAAUCCAAGCGCUGAUCACCUCGUUUGGCAGCCACCUCAACGUGGACCUGCAGCAGCGUGGCGUGGAGUUCACCCAGCUCUUUGGCCACUACCAGCACCUGCGCCCCCCGCUCCUGGAAAAGAUGCCGGCCAUGCAGAUCAGCAGGAUAAGCUCACAGAACGGCGAGAGCGGCGGCGGGUCCUUCGACGACAACAGUCCGGACGUGGUCGAAAACGGCGUCGAGGGAGACUGCGGUGGACACUCAAUAAUCGAAAGCAAUAUGAACACUCUGGGCGAUAAUACGAACAUUCUACUUGAUUUGCUGGGAAGCACGGACCUGUCGGGCGGAGGCGUAGGGGACUUGGUAGCGGCCACGGAUCUCUCAAAUGCCGUACAUAAAAAGAACUCGCGGAACGCCAACGAUGUAGUGGCUCCGGCUUCCCACAACCAGGAUCUGCUGGAUCUACUCGAUCUGGACGUGUCGGCCGCGUCCAUGGCGACGACGGGCGUGCCUCCGGGCGGCGGGGGUGGAGGAAUACUGACCCAGGCGGAGGACAACAACCAGAGCAGUGCGGCGAACAUGAACAACAUUCUCGGUGGCCUGGAUCUGAGUGGAUUCGGCUCCGGCCUGGAUGGCUCGGCCAGCAUAGCCACAAACGGAAACGACCUGGGCAGCAUGCUGGGCGGCCUGGGCGGAGGCGCUCCUUUGGCGGCGCCCGCUGGCAGCACCGGAGGAAGCAACCUCAUCGACGGCAACUCUGGUGGCAGUCUUCUGGGAGAUCUGAACCCCACAACAUCCUCCAACAACAUAGUAGUGCCUCCUCAGGGUCCUCGAAUGACGGCGCUGGACAAGGACGGGCUUCUGGUGCAGCUGGUCGCCGUCUGGGGCAGUGACUGCAUGCACAUCUACAUGACCACCACAAACAGCUCUGAAAACACUCUGGAGCAGUACUUGCUGAAGGCGGCGGUGCAGAGAAGUUUCCAGUUGCAGAUGCUGACUCCGUCCGGCUCUCUACUGCCUCCGGGCGGGGUGAUCACGCAGGAAAUGCGAGUGGUGGCCACGUCGAAUGCGACGUUGCGAAUGCGACUGCGCAUACAGUACGCGCUCGAUGGACAGCAGCAAGUGGAGCAGACGGAGGUGAGCGGAUUCCCGGAGCAAAAUUCGUCGCUGGCCGAAUAGAACUGCAACUGUAUUAAAGCCGAAUCGGAUUAGCCCAAUAUCGAAAAUUCAAAAAACCAACACCAGCAGCAGCAGCAACAGCAACACUAGGACACCCUUUGGUUGUCACACAUUUCUUGUAAAAUAAGUUAACAAACACACAUAUGUAUACACACACCGACACGUCCACACAAUUGCAUCUAGGUCAGGUCAGGUCAGAGCAGAGCAGUUUUCGAAUUGGAGCACAGUGUUUGUCGGACUGUUUUUGUCGGAUUGCAGGACAUUGCAGGCUAUAGCCAGCCGGACAGGGCAGAAAACCCAUCUCUCGAGCAGGAACGCCGAGCAGAGCAGAACAGAACAGAGCAGAGCAGUUAACUUAUAUAUAUAUACGGCUAUUUUUUCUAAUUUAUAUCUAUAUAUAAACACACUACUUGUUAAAUCAAAUUCAUUAUUUUUAUUAUGUUUGGAUUAUAAAUAUUUUUUUGUAAAUUUGUAUUAAUCGUGUGUAAAAGCUCUUGUGUGGAAAAGACAACCUUCAGUUUUAAUUUAAGACAAUAAAAGUCAAACUCACUAUUCCCCGAUGGAUAAUGGCAGCUGGCAGAACAGAACAGAAAAUAUAUUAAAGAGUUAUCUAGAAAAGAAGCAUUUAAAAGGAUAGACCCAGACCCGGUAACUGGAGUAGGAUUCAAGCGCGAUUCAAGCAGUCUAUUUGUUACUUCUACAUAUAAUGUUUUAAUUAAAAUAUUCCCAAUCUGCUUUUCCUCCUGACAUUCAAAUUGUUUAUCCCGCUGCAUACCUAUAGUAUUUAUAUUUUAAUAUAUACAUAAUAAACACAUAACAGCCAGACACGCGCCACCAUGCAGAUAAAUAUUACGUAUUGUUAUUUCGUGUGUGUACGUACUUAAUCGGAGGAUAAGCAUCAGCAGAGAGUCAAAAAAAACCAAUCAUAAUCCAGAAUGCACUGUGAUUAUUAUGUAUAUUUAAUUGUAAUUGGAAGAGGAGGAGGAGGAGGACCAGGAGUAGAGGAGCAGGACGCAGCCUAGAACUAAAUCCUAUUACUUUCCGUUCAACAGGACGACGAUUGAGGAAAGGACAAUUUAUUAAAUAUUAUUAUUAUUAUUAUAACUGAAUUACACCUCUGUAUGAGAAGGAAGGAGAGCGGUAUCUUUGGAGUAGAGCGAGCGAGAGGGGAGAAAAUUAAUAAUAUUAACAUAUUGUACAAUACAUUAUUAUUUUUGUAUCAUCAUUUCCUUUUACAUACUUAUUUGAACCGAAAUAAACAACCAAUUUCGUUUAAUCAAAGGAAGAAA